CAAGGCUGGAGACUUGUACGAUCACCGGACGAUCGCCAAUCACUGAUCGGUAAUCUGUCACUCGUAGACGGCGGGGUCUUGCACAGUUUUCAGCAGUUACUCUCUUCCGUACGUUAAUUUGUAAGUUAUGCUGUGAAUUUUCAUUCUUUGAAUCUUCAAUCUUGUGCGUGUCAUUAUUUCUCCAAUCAAGAAGGAAAAUUGACAACAGAAACGUUGGGACAUAACAAGCGAAGUACAAUUUUUGGAGCUCUAACAACGAAGUUUUUAACAUGACGACGGAAGAGAAGUUUAACGCGGCUGUGAACGUAAUUAGGAGCUUGCCAAAAAACGGAGCUUACCAACCUAGCAAUGAAAUCAUGCUACGUUUUUAUUCUUAUUACAAACAAGCUACAGAAGGACCAUGCCAGCAACCAAAACCAGGUUUUUGGGAGGUAAUAAAAAAAGCAAAAUGGGAUGCUUGGCAACGUUUAGGCAAUAUGAGUCGUACAGAAGCUAUGAACAAUUAUGUAGAAGAAUUAAAAAAAAUAGUUGAAACAAUGUCAUAUACAGACAAUGUAGCAACUUUUUUGGGUAGUUUGGAUUCAUUUUAUGAGAGUGUACCUGUUGAAGAUUUAGAGUUGCUUGUUGGACCAGUUUUAGACCGUAUGCGCACACAACCAAGUUCGCCAUUGUCUGGUUCUCCUUUAGCAUCUAGAGAAACAUCGCCACAUAGAGUUUGCAAUACAUCAAGACAUAUAACAAGUAGUUUGGAAACAAGUCCAGCUAGCAGUCACAGUGCUAGUCCUUUACCACCUGAUACAGAUGGUGAAGAAGAAGAAUUUAUUGAUACAGUUGAAUCUGCUCCAGAUCGAACACAAAAAGAUGCCAUUAAAUCUUCUGUAAGCAUUCAGAAAACAAGUAUUACAUUUAAUACUUCAGAUGAUAAUGCAAAUAAGCAGCAAAGCACUACAAAGGAAAAUUCAUUAGAGUUAAUUAAUGGUCGUGCUAAAACAAAUGAUCUUACUGAAAUAAAUGUAGAUACGAAACAAGAAAGAGGUCGGCAAAGAACAAGGAAAGAUGAUAAAAUAAAUGCUGAAUUUUUUAGUCAAAUAGCAUCAACAAUGCAAAAUUUACAACGAGAUCUCGAUCGAAUAACCGCACGAGUUCGCAGUUUAGAAGGUCAAGCGCUUCAAGCACUAUCGCCUUUAAGAGAGCAAAAUAACAAUCGAUUUUACCCAAAAUGGUGGCCUUUUCCAGAAUGUUCGCCACGAAUGUUUACUCUACUUAUAGUAUGGCCGUUUGUAGCACAAAUUCUUAUCUCUCUUACACAACGGUAUCGUCAACGGAGACUGUGAUUUUUUAAUGUUUAUAUUAUUAUUAAUCUGAAUACCAUGUUUAUAAUUAGGAUACGUUAAACAUAUACAGAGAUUAUUGUCAUUUAAGUCUAUAUAUACGACAUAUUCUAAAGGGUGUAAUAGUAAUGGAGAAUUUGUUUAUAUAAAUAGAUUUUUCAUGAUAUUUGAUCAAGUUAUAGAUAUAAUAAGAUUAAAAAAAAUGUUAAGUGCAAUAUAAAUAGUUCUAAAUAUUGAAAAUUAAUCUUUCCAAAAUUCAAUAGAAGUAUACUUAUCCAUUAUAUAAAUAAAUCCAAAUUUAAAAAAUAUAAUUCAUGACAAUAGUAUGUAUAUAAAAAUUUAUAAAAAAUAGUUUUUCAUUCUUAGUAUUUUAUUAAUCUCUGUAUAUCUAUGUUCCACGAAGGUAUAUGCAAUUGGAUUUAAAGGUGAAUUAAGUUAUAUUUAUACAUUUACAUAAUAUAAUAUAAACAUAAUAUAUAUAUAAAUUUUUUAUUGUGAAUGUAGACUAUCAAGUUAGAAUUUAUUGUUAUCCAUAUAUGCAGUACUUUUUUCUUGAUUGUUCGUAAUAAUAAAUUAUGUGAACAUUAUUUUUUAAUAAAAAUUCGGUUAUAAUAACUUAUUGAUAUAAUUUAGUGCUUCCAUGAGUACUAGAUUAUUGUAUGAAAAAACAAUAUACGUGUAUCACACACACAAAUGCGCGCACGCACGUACGUACAUGCGCGCGCACACAAACAUACAGAGAGAGUAUGCAUAUACUAUAUAUUUCACUUGUAGUCUAUUUAUUAUUCUAACAUCACUAUACAAAUGUUCGAUCGUUGAUUGGGGGAACUACCGAUUUUUAUAAAUAAUUAUUUUUAUCCGACUAUAAAAGAAAAAAAAUGUUAAUUUUAUGUACAUAUGGUAUAUAAAUAUAACUUUUAAAUAUA